AUGGAGCGAGACCGACGUCUUCCCGAGCAUGGAAUCCCACCAGAGCCUCCAACGGUCGACUCCGCCCACGCCGCCGCCGCCGCCGCCUUACCCUCCCCAAGGACCGACGUUGGGACGAUUCCCGGCUUCUUCGCAUCGGCGGAGCGCGCCCCGAGCACUUCCGGGAUUUUCGAGCGCGGCUCCGGCUCCUCGGGAGGAGUGGUCGAGCGCACCGGCAGCACUUCCCUUUACACCCCAAGAUGGGCACGUGGGGCGGCGGGAGCGCCCGUACCCCCUUCCGCCAUGGCCUCCGCGGCUGCCGCCGCAACAGCCGCCGCAUCAGCCUCCGCGUCUGCCGCCGCCGCCGCCGCUGCCGCAGCAGCCGUGCCUGGUUCGGACCCAACCACUCCUAGCGGCCCGUUGACGGCUCCGUUAGACGUCAGUUUUACGUCCACUAACCCUCCGACUCCGUUAGGGCUUCAGCAAGGCUUCCCGGGCUUCCGGCCGCGGGAUCCUGAGCACGACAGGCGGAAUCUAUCCAUGGAGAUGCCGGAACCCCCCCCUCGGCGGAGAACCCGCCCCGUCUCUUCCGCCAUCUACCCCCGUCCGCACCCCGUCGUUUCCCCCGGCGACGGCGCGGCACACCGCGGAAUGGGCAGCGAUUUGAGCGGAGACGCUCGGCUGUGGUCCCCGUCGCAGCAUCUCCAGCGCGGGCGCAUGCCGGAAGCCGCCUUUCCCAGUUACCGCCCGGGCGACAGCGGGAUUCUCCGCGGCGGGAGGCGGCCCGGCGGGCCCAUGUCCGGGCAGUUCCCCGGCCCGGGCAUGGGAAAGUCGGGCAUGAUUGGCCAGUCGGGGCUGAUCGGGCAGUCGGGAAUGUUUCCCCCGCCGUCGGCGAUCCCCCAGUCGGGGUCGUGGGGGGGGACUGCCCCGAACACGCCGAGCAUACCAAAAUCGAAUAUAGUGCAGAAAUCGAUGAUCAUGUGCAUGGAUCCGACGUGUAACAAAUGCCCCCCCGAGAUGCACGCGCUGCGGAACCGGAAGCUCAUGGCGGCGGCUAUUGACGAGUUCCCGCAGCCGCUGGCGUCGAAAGACGGGCGCGGCGGGGGGAGGCGGGGGAGCGACGGGGCCGGGGACGGGGGAGGCGACGGCGGAGGACGUGGCGGAGGAGGAUUGGACGACUUUGAGUACGAUUUCGACGAGUUUGAUUUUGAGGAUGACGAGGAGUAUGACGAGGAGACGGGCGGGAAGAGAACCAUCAUUCGCUGCUGCGGCCUGCCAUGCUUUGUCUUCACCAGCCGGGGCAAGCGCCGGUCGCCCAUGCUGGGCUUUUUCCGGUUCGUGGAAGGUUUGGUGCAACCCGUGGGCAUUCUCAACCCGCACUCCAGGUUCGUGGCGCAGUGGAACAAGUGGUUCAUGGUGACGUGCAUCUUUGGCUUCUGUAUCGACCCCUGGUUCCUCUUCACGCUGCUCACCAUGUUCUCGCCCUCCAAGGUCACCCUUUGUCUGGACAUCAACUACCCUGCAGCCAUCACCCUCACUGUGAUGCGUUCAAUCGUGGAUCUCAUGUAUCUUAUAAACAUAUUCAUACAGUUCCGCAUGGCCUAUUUCGCCCCAGCGCCCAGCAACCGCUCCUACAGGUGGAGCUGCCUGCGCUGGUGGUACGCGGAGACCUCUCAGCUGGAACCGGGGGACAUGGAGACGGACACGAGGGUGAUUGCCAUGCGCUACCUCAAGUCCUGGUUCCUCGUGGACCUCGUCUCCACCUUCCCCAUCCCCCAGAUCUUCAUCCUGGGAAUCGUCCCAGCGCUGGGCAAGAGCGUGGCCACAGCAGCCAACACGUGGAUCGCGGUCCUCACCCUCCUCGCGCUCUGCAUUCAGAACGUCCCCCGUGCCGCGCGCUUCUUCCCGCUGCUGGCGGGCACGGCGCCGCAUGUGACGGGCUUUGUGUUUGAGACCGCGUGGGCCAAUUUCCUCCUCAACCUGGUGUUCUACCUCAUGGCGUCGAAUUUCGUGGGAGGAGUGUGGUACAUCCUGGCUGUCGAUCGUUUCAGCGAGUGCCUGCAAAACGUCUGUGCCAACACCAAGGGCUGCAACCCCACCUACCUCUACUGCGCCAACACCAACGCCCCAGUCACCACCGUCGCCUCUGCGGACCUCUUCUCACCGCAAUACAGCAACACGAACGUCACCACAUGCCUGUACACCCCGGGGGACGACAAGACGACACAGUCGCCCAUCCCGUACGGGGUGUUUGCAAAUGCCAUCCCGCUCACGGCGAGCCGGGACGUGGUCUCCAACUACCUCUACUCCUUCUUCUGGGGCCUGCAGCAAGUGAGCACGCUGUGUGGAAACCUGGUGCCGUCGCGGUGGGACGUUGAGGUGCUAUUCGUUAUCGUCGUAACAAUCAUCGGUCUGCUGCUGCUGGCUCUCCUCAUCGGCAACAUCUCCAACUACCUCCAGUCGCUCAACAGAAGGUCAUUCGAAUAUCAGCUUCAGCGCCACGACAUCGACUCGUGGAUGCAGCGCAGGAACCUUCCCGUUGACCUCCAGAAGCAAGUGCAGGCGCAGCUGCGGCUGCAGUGGGCGGCGACUAGAGGCGUGGACGAGGCAGAGCUGCUGGACAGCUUCUCGGACUCCAUUCAGAUCGACCUCCGCCGCUCGCUGUGCCUCGAGCUGCUACAAUGCUCCAAGCUGUUUUGUGCCAUGGAGCCGCCAGUCCUGGACGCCUUCUGUGCGCGGCUGCAGCAGCAGAUCUACACAGCAGGUUCAAUGAUCAUACGAGAGGGCUACCCCGUGUCGCGAAUCUUCUUUGUCCUCCGCGGCGAGCUCGAGAGCUUCUCAACGUUCGGCGGGCACACGGGGAUGGUGGACACUGUGGUGCUGGGCAAGGGCGACUUCCUGGGCGAGGAGCUUCUGGUGGAAUGUCUCGAGAGGCUGUCGAGUGCCAGUGGGAAGGGCUCGGGGCGAUCCCUUACCAUGAGGAGAUCCAUCUCUGCCACGCCAUCGCUCACCAGCUCUGCCAAUCUGUCCCAGCCAUCAGUAGACGUCUUGCCAACAGCGCAGCGCUCGGUGCGCUGCCUGGGGCCCGUCGAAGGGUACUCGUUAGAGGCUGCAGAUGUGGCGUCUGUGUGCAAGCAGUUUGCACGCAUGCUCUGCACCAACACCAUUCAGCGCGCCCUUAACGAAAUAUGCUACAACAGACGAACGCACGCCGCCCGCACGAUCCAGCUGGCGUUCCGGCGGUACUUGAGGCGAAAGCUCGGUCUCUCUGUAGAGGAUGUAUUUAAAGCGGUUCGGAACAGGCGCAUGGCGGCGGUGCUUAACAAAGCACAGGAGAUACGAGCUAAUAGUGCGCUUAAUGGUACUGCUGCUGCUGCCGCUGCUUUGGCCGUUGCUGCUGCUGGGAGUGCGAGUGUGGCCGCAAGUGGGAGGAGCAGUGAUUCGGAGAAGGCAAGGGGGGAGGAGGAGAAAGGGGAGAAGGGAGAAGGGAAGGUGAGGUUUGCUGUGGAUAAAGGAGACAGUGGGCGCGACAAAAAAUCGGAGUAA